GACACGUCUGGCUAAUUCAUGAAUGUUGUGAGGGCGUCAACAACUGAUGAAACCGCGCCUGCCAGGGUCCACCACCAAGCCCAAAGCACCCUAGCUCCCAAACGGACCAACUGUCCUUCCGUCGACACUUCCGACAGCUGUACAUCUCUCCGGCCCACCACCUUGGCCAACUCGCGAGCGUCACACACCCAAUCGCCAUGGACCGGUUACUGCGACUGCUGCACUGCCUCCUCCUGGUGGUCAUCCCGCUCGCGGCGGCCCUGAAAUUCGACCUGCACGCCGUCGCCCCACACGACGCGGCCAAGUACGAGCGAUGCAUUCGCAACUUUGUGCAGAAGGACCAGCUGGUGGUUGUCACGGCGAAUCUGGACGGGUAUAGAGGGGAUGGACAGAAGGUUGAUAUGCAUAUCCGCGACGCAAUGGGCAACGACUACCACCGUCCCAAGGAUGUCGCCGGCGAAAACCGCUACGCUUUUACCUCCCACGCCGACUCGGCUUUUGACGUCUGCUUCGAGAACGUCCUGACGGCCGGCACGAAGAUGGCGUCUACCCGCCAUGUGGAGCUCGACAUUGAUAUUGGAGCCGAUGCCAAGGACUGGAGCGCUAUCCAGGCGGGCGAGAAGCUGAAGCCUGUCGAGGGAGAGCUGCGUCGCAUCGAGGAGAUUAUCAACGAGGUCGUUACCGAGAUGGACUAUUUGAGGACUAGGGAGCAGAAGCUGAGGGACACGAAUGAGAGCACAAAUGAGCGCGUCAAGUGGUUUGCGUUUGGGACAAUGGGCAUGUUGGUUGGUUUGGGCGUGUGGCAGGUUGUGUACUUGAGGGCUUACUUCAGGAGCAAGCAUCUCAUCUAGAUGGGGAGGAGAUGGUUACCACCUACGAAUGAAGGAGAUGAGAUGGCAGACCAUAGGAAUGGCUACCGUGAGUGUACGAACAGGAGGAUGAAGCGUCAUUGAUUGCAUGCUUGCUACUUGACACGGGAAAAGGGAUGGCGUUGGUAGGGACAUAUCCAUGUCGAGUUUACAUUUCAUACUUUUACCCUCCCAAGGUCAUUCCGAGCUUCUGCAUCACAUUGCUUAGACCUCAACCCUGGACAUGUUCCUCUCCUUGCCCACCGUCAGUACUGUUAUCCAUAGUCCUUAUCCCCUUACUGCUGCCCUCAAAUCCGUUCCCUCAGCCAGACAGUAGCAUCAUUUCCAUUCUCGUCCAUCAAC